AUGACUUAAAUAGAGGAGAAUUUUUAUGGCUAAAAAUUUGCAGUUCAAAUUACCAAUAACUCCCCAAGAGUACCCCCUAAACUAUAUUUCAACCCAGCUAUAAUGGAUGACCCUAAUGCCUAUGAUGAAUUCAAGGAGACAUUCGACUACAUGCAGUACUUAGAAGCGAUUGACCCUGGCACUCGGACAUAUAAGUAUGUGAAGAACAUCAAAUUGUUAUACGAGAAGCAUUAAAAGCUGAACAAUAUGGAUUAGACUUUGAGUAACAGCUCAGUCUUAUGCAAGUAAGACGAUAAAAAUAGUUCUGCAAUAGUCUAUAAUAGCAACAAUAAUCAGAAAAGUUUGAAGAGUCACUCAAGUCUUCAUGGUGAAUAUGAAGAUGAACUUAUCAUUAGAAAUUUCAAACAGAUUAACAACUUACAUAGUUCUUAAAAAUCAAUAUCAAAGUUAGAUCAGGAUAGAGACCCCUAUCAACAGGCUCAUAGUAGUGAAAUCGUCAGCAGGUAGAACGUGGUUAACUUUAAUAAUAUAUACCCGAAUCAUACAAAUAUUUCAACAUACAACAGUCCAUUUAAAAAACGCAGAUUAUAUGAAAACAUUAAGUAAUCACUGCCCAGAUUAUAACUAAGCAAGGCUACUUAAGAAAAGCUGAAAUCCUCCCUGAGGGAAUUUAAGAAUCUUCAACUUACUGAUCGAUUAUAAGACGAUCAUGGGAACCCAAGAUGA